AUGGGCGUGUGCGUCUCCGUGCACACGGUCGAGCGCGCGCUGGCGGACGAGGACGCGACGGCGCGACGGACGCGGGCGGCGAUCGCGACGGCGGCGCUCAGGAGUCGAUCGAACGCGACGUUCGUGCUCCACGGGACGCUCGCGCGGGCGGAUGGGGUGAAUCGAAACGGACGCGUGUACCCGCGGGAGACGUUGACGCGAGAGGUGUCGGCGUACGACGCGCUCAGGGUGAAGACGGGACGGGCGUACGGACGGUUGGAACACCCGAGGGCGUCGGAUGCGGUGCGGUUCAGGGACGCGAGCGGGACGGAUGGGAGAGAGACGUCGCAUCGCGUCGUGGAGACGUAUUGGAGCGACGACGGGAAGGAGUUGUACGGCUACGUCGAGGUGUUGCUCGAAAACGCGAUGGGUCGGGAGGUUUUGGCGAUAUACGAGCGUGGGGAGCUGUUGGGGGCGUCGACGCGGUCGUGGAGCGGGUUGGAGGUGCGCGGCGACGGAAGGACGUACGUGGACGACGACAUGGAGCUCCUGGCGUUCGAUCUCGUGAGAAAUCCGUCGACGGUGAGUCUGCACGCGCACGGCAUGCUCGUUCCGGUCGAUCGGGCGAUGUACGAGUGGCCGAAGACGUAG